AGUAAUCUUCAAGAGGCCACCACCUGUAUUUAUUAUGUCGGGAAUUGAGGCCGCUGAGAGAGAUACAUACGGUGCCCUUGUAGAGCAGCUUGGAGGUCGAGUGAUAGACGCCCAGCAGUUUGACAUCGCCUGCACACACCUUGUUAUUGAUAAGAUAACGCGAAAUGAGAAGUUCUUAGCAUGUCUGGCCUCUGGGAAAUGGAUCCUUCACAAAUCAUACUUCAAUGCAUGCAGAGAGGAGGGGCAGUUUGUGAAGGAGGAUUUCUUUGAGUGGGGUGGGGAAGGCACCCUGGGUCUUGUGAAGAACAUGGACAACAGCGUUCGUCUGCUUGCGGCAGCCGCCAGGGAGUGGAGAAUCAAGUUGUCCCAGCAACGACAGGUCUCAUCGACCCAGUUUGGAGCAUUCUCAACGUGGCGUGUGAUUCUGAUCUGUGAGAAGGGGAAAGUCAGCAACUUCAUCCGCCUACUAACGGCUGGAGGGGCCACUGUGCUGAACAUGAGGCCACCGUUCCCUGCGCAAGUGGACGCCACCCAUGUCCUGAUGGAGCCACACAAGAUACCUGUCCCACAGGAAGACCUGGAGAAGCUCUUGUCCAGCGGGUGUCUGUGUCUGAAACCAGAAUACAUCAGCGGAUACCUGUGCAAUCCGGAAAGUGACGUGGCGGCAUUCACACCGCCUGAGAUUCAGGCCCUGCUGGCUGCGAUGUCAGGCAAUGACUCUGGGAGCAAGAAACGGAAGUGCUCAACUGGUGAAGAGUCGCAAAAACGAACUAAACGUAGAUGAUCUAAAAGUGGUGUUUCAGCAAAAACUUGUUAAAUAGAAAAAGCGUCAACAUGUUGUUUGAAUGCCACUAACUUUUAAAUAGUGUAAAUGAUUGAUACACUAAGUG